CGCACGGACCUCCGCAGCUGUCCAGGGAUAUUACUCUCACUUUCUCUGCUGCAGAACGGACCGUAAAGUCGCACAUCGCCUCUUUCCUCCCCAAAACCUGAGACCCCGAUCACGUUCUGCGUCUGAGAAGCGUCAAGAGAAGCGUCUGCUGGGUGAACGGCCUCGUUUCCCUGCCUCAGCUCCCUGGCGCGGGGAAAUCCGGAUCUCACAACAACACCACAACCUGAAACCACAAUUUCACACUGUUGCUUGGGCAAAAUAUAGCGAAGGACACCUGAAACAAACACCUUUGUGUUAAAAUUCUGUGAAGAAAUCAGUGGCACUCGCACUCGCAGGUCAGGAGGAGGAGGAGGAGGAGGUGUCCUCGUCUGGGCAGGACUUCUUUUCUCUGCCGUCGUGUGGAGUUCCACCUAUCCACGCAGUUAAAGGUGGUCAGUAGCUGCUUUCCUGGUGGUCAGGAGUUGUGUUACCAGAUGCUAUUGACCUGAGGCUCUCACCGCUGACGACUGGCAGAUGAUCUGAGAACAUCCAACUCACGGUCUUCUUCCUGUCUUUGAGAGUGACACCUCCACAUCUGUGCUGUCAAGACUGACAACCGUUUGUCCGGGGCCAUGAGUGACAGCUGGGGUGACAGUGUCCAAAACCCAUUGAUGUGGAACACCUAAGAUGGGGACAGGAUUUGCCAACAUGCUGCAAGCUCAGCUCUAAAAGUCUUGAAUACAUCCGUCUGUUUACCUUUCGCUCGACGUACAUUUUGUCUACCUGCACCUGACCUGCAGCACGUCCUGACUUCAAACCCCUGCUUGCUGCCUUCUUUUCCUCCGCUCCUUUCUGUUCCUCCUUUCAAGUGAGACGACUGCAAACACUUCUCAUCCUAACCAUGGCCAGAAGACUCUGUUUGUCCUCCUCCCCUCCUCCGUUCCAUUUCCUCUCUCUUAUGCUCCCUGUGCUGUUGCUCCUCCACCUGCCUGGCGAGGUGCAAGGCGACUGCUGGCUAAUAGAGGGGGAUAAAGGCUAUGUUUGGCUGGCUAUCUGCAGCCAGAACCAGCCUCCAUACGAGACCAUCCCCCAGCACAUUAACAGCACGGUUCAUGACCUGAGGCUGAAUGAGAACAAACUCAAGGCUGUGCUCUUUACCUCCAUGUAUCGCUUCACGAACCUUACUGACCUCAAUCUAACCAAGAAUGAGAUCAGCUACAUCGAGGACGGAGCCUUCGCUGGACAGGCCAACCUACAGGUUCUCCAGCUUGGCUACAACAAGCUAACCAACCUGACUGAGGGCAUGUUGAGAGGCCUGGGCCGAAUGCAGUGCCUCUUCUUGCAACACAACCUCAUCGAGGUCAUUGCCACCAAUGCCUUCUGGGAGUGCCCCAGCCUCAGCAGCCUGGACUUAUCAUCCAAUAAGUUGGCACGGCUCGAGCCAUCUACCUUCACUCUCCUCAACAGGCUUAUGGUGUGUGAACUAGCAGGAAACCCAUUCCACUGUGGUUGUGACCUCUACAGCUUUCUGUCUUGGCUGGAGGCAUUUAACAAUGUCACCCACACCUAUGACCGUCUCCAGUGUGAAACCCCUCCAGAAAUGAACGGAUAUCCUCUUCUGAGCCCAGUUCCUGGGCAAGGAAGAAGUGCCCUCUAUAAGCUUGUGUCCAAGUGUCAAGAUGGUGGGACAGGGAUGGCCGCACAGAUACCGGAGCAAGACGGGUCAGGAAUGGGUUUGGACAACCCAGACCAAGGUCUUUAUCACCAGCCAACAAUAUCGUCUACUGCUGAUCCAACAUAUAACCAUCAGAUCUCUAUGAAGGUUCAAACUGUCUCCCUCUACUCAGUUUCACUGCAAGUGCAAAUCCCACGGCCGUACAGUAAGAUGUACGCACUUUCCCAGUACAACCACACUUUUGUUGCAGACAUCAGGCCCCUUAAAAACAAGAAGGAGCUGAUUACCGUGGAAAACCUAAAACCACACACCAACUACACUUUCUGUGUGGCGUCUAUGAGCAAAUCUCAGCGCUACAACCACACCUGUGUGUCUUUCACCACACGAGCAAUGGGACCAGAGGACCUGCGAACCAAUCCAUCCACAACCACUCACUACAUCAUGACCAUCCUGGGGUGUCUGUUUGGCAUGGUCAUUGUGCUUGGAUUUGUUUAUUACUGUCUCAGAAGGCGACGCAUUCAGGAAGAAAAGGAGAAGGCUAUAAGCGUGAAGAAAACCAUUUUGGAGAUGAGAUAUGGCCCAGAGGCAGCUGCGGCGGUGACUAAUGACCCAGGUGCCAUGCAGCGCCUCCAGGAGCAGGCUCACCAGCACCAUCAUUCAGGAGGGGCAGGAGGAAAGCUACCACAAUCUGCCUCCUCCAGCACAGGCAUGCUCCACGGAUCUACCAACACCAGUUCUUCUCGCCUCUCCUCCUUGCCUCAGGUGGAGAAAAUGGCCAGUGCCUUCAAUGAGGCAAAAGUCGGCAAGGUCAACUACAUGGAUGUGAGGACGGCAGGAGUGACAGGGGAAGGGAGGGAGUUAGGGAUGCCAGCUGGAGGGGUAGGGGGAGAAGUAGUUGUGGAUGUGCAAGGAGGGGCUGAGAAUGGGACAGAGGCUGGGGAGGAUUCUGACGAUGACGACGGCCGUGGCUCAGCCUCAGAGAUCUCCACUAUCGCCAAGGAGGUGGACAAGGUAAACCAGAUCAUUAACAACUGUAUUGAUGCCCUCAAGCUGGAUGCCUCUGCUAACGCUGUGACCACGGCUGAAAAUUCCAGCUCUCAAUCCUCCUCCCAGCCUCCAGCUUCUAUCACAUCACUCCCCCGCAACCUCCUGCCCCUCUCUCCAGGACACCCUGGAGAUCAGAUCAUGGCCUCCUCCCCAAAGGUGCAUUCAAAAUCUCAACCCCAGCCACAUCCUCAAUCACAUAUUCAGCUUCAUCCACAUCCUCAACCCCAUCCUCAGCAGCAUCUGCAGCAACAUUUGCAGCAACAUCCUAAGCUGCAUCAGCAACCACAUCCGCCCUCUAUGGCCCCAGUGCCCCUGGUCAUGCCCCUGUCUGAGCGGCCUGGUAUCAGUGGAGGGGGCUUCCUCUCACCUCCUUACCGUGAUCCACCCCCGGCCAAUGCGGUGCGGCCCCUUCAGAGGCAGUUGAGUGCAGACACUGCUGUGGUGAAGAACCGUUGUGGUGCCCCUUCUGUAGGACCUGUCAAGGGCUCCAGAGUCUUCAGUGUGGAUAUUCCUGAUCAGCGUGGUGAUCCUCCCAAGUACCCAACAGAAAAGGAAAGCCCUGUCGGUUGUGGUGGAGGAGGAGGAGGUGGUGGAGCAGGGGGUUGCAAUGGGAAUGGGAUGGGAAACAUAAAUGGUGGUGGGGUGAGUGUGAAUGGGAGUGGGAUGGGUUGUAAUAAUGGGAGCGGAGGUGGAGUGGUUGGUCCUGGACAGCAGCAGCACCAUUUGGAGGUUCAUCCAGACUACCAUAGCUCUGAGCACCGCCACUCCUUUCCUGCACUCUACUAUGAGGAUGGCAAUGAAUCACCCUCACCUACCCAAAAGGUCUCAUUUCUCAAGCCACUGGGGCGCUCUAAGAGGGAUGCCACAGCCACUUACUCCCAGCUCUCACCUUCUCGCCACCACAACUACAACUCUGGAUACUCCUCCAGUCCAGAGUAUUCAUCUGAGAGCACACUGCGGAUCUGGGAGCGAUUCCGACCUUACAAGAAAAGCCCCAGAGAGGAGGCAUCCUAUAUAGCUGCAGGUCAUGCUCUGCGUAAGAAGGUGCAGUUUGCCAAGGAUGAGGACCUUCACGAUAUUUUGGACUACUGGAAGGGGGUUUCUGCACAGCAGAAGCUGUGAGCUGGAGAAGAAAUUCAAAUGGCAGAUUGUGAAGAUGGAUGCCAACAGCAGACAAAAAAGGGAAUAGAUAUUAAUGUAGCAAGACAGAAAAUGAUAUUUCCUCUGUGGUAUCCAGUGACAUGGCUCUUGUGGAUCUGCUGGUUCCAGAGUUAAAGACGGUUUCUCCGUGGGUUUCUUCUUUUCUUUUGGAAUUGAUUCUAUGAAAAAUGAUGAACAUUUUAAGAGGACUGGCUGCUUUCAGCACAAAACUGAAUGAUAACUAUUCACCAGACUGCCUCACACUGGGCACUUUGGUCCUCACAGGCUUCCACAGACCCACUUCAUACACUCUGUGAGCAAAGCAAAAGGUGGUGAUAAGCAAGUGUCUACUACCUCAUUACUGGCACACUGUAGCUCAGCUAUCUCACUAGAGGCAGCCCCAUUCAGGACUUAAACCCAUCCUUCUCUUCUCUAAUCCCAUCAAACUGCCAUUCACAAAAAAAAAAACAUCAUUCCACGGAACCACCAACACCUGCCCUCGUAUAGAACCAUCAUUUAGCAGUGAUAAUGAGGAAGCAGGGUGAGGAAUUAGGUGCAUUUAUUUUUUGAGCUUGUGUUCCGACACUUCUGGACAUUUUAUGUGAUACUUGGCAUGCUAAUUGGUCUUCAUAGCAAUUAGCCAGUUUAAGGAUAGGUCAGGCAUGCUUUGUGUUGAGCAUGCUUGUCGUUUUGAAACACCAAAAUGCAUAUGUUCACUAUUGUGUGGGCAUGUGGGUGAGUAUAGUCGCAGUUGGGGAGUAUUCCAUUAUUUUCUGUCGCCUACCAUGGCAGCAUAGUGGAUAGCUUAUUGGAAACUCUUAGCAUAUAGAUAGCUAGCCAGUUAGUUAGUUUCAUGUCACUGCGUUAAGGCUUUAGGCUAUCUUGAUAGAAUCAAGUACACCCAUCCUGAAGACAUGCAGGCAUUAUUUGUCUGCAAGCCCAUUCCCUAUUUACAGUUAGAGGCAAUUUAUUUUGAUAAGGGAAGCUACCUUGUAGGACAUUUACAUUUCAAUAGCGUAACUCAUGGAAAUAUUACUUUAGGCUGGGUUAUGUAGGUUAGCAAAAGACAGGAGGUGGCUCAG